UACAGUUCUCCUGUACUUUUCCACCAUAUUCCAUCUCAGCAACAUUCAACUGCACAAUCUCAUAAAGUAACACUGAGUUCAGAUACCUGUGCACUCAGCUGCAAUCAACAAGAAGCUUAAUGUGAAGGUAGGAAAGUCAGACAGACAGGGAAGAGCAGAGAGGUGGGGUUGGAUAAGGCAAGAAUGUUAUAAAAAAAAAAAGAAAGAUGGAUCAAAUGAAAAGAAAAAGUGAAGACUGCUGAAGAGGGCUGUAAAAAGAACCCAACCUCAUAGGAGCCGGUGAGACGGAGAGAAAAAGGUAUCUGGCAACAAGGAAAAGAAGGAGAACACUAACAAGGGAAUAACAACAGAAAAAAGGAGUGACAGAGCCCACUGGAUGUUUCAGCCAUGAACCUGACCUUUGCCUUGUUUCUGCUGCUGAGUCUUCACAUUUGUAAAGCAAUGGGAAGCAGAGCCCAGCGCAAACAGAGACAAGCUGAGGAGAGCCUGAGACCAUAUAUUGGCAGAGUAGAGCCAGAAAAGCUUUGUGAGCUGCUGAAAUGCCAUAGUCCGGUGGGAUCUUGGUGUCAGGUGGUUCGGGAAAAUGGAGUCCUCAUCCCCAAGUGUGUUUGUCCACAAUCCUGUCCACGGCAGAGGGCACCAGUGUGCAGUGUUCUGGGAAGGACCUAUGGGAAUGAGUGUUUGCUGCAUAAAGAAGCCUGCAGAAAGAGACGCCGCACUGGGCUGGCUCACACAGGACCCUGUCUGGUCCCCAAGGCUAAAUGCACUGAGGAGGAGUUGAGCCAGUUUCCAUAUCGUCUCCUGGACUGGUUUCUGCUCCUGAGUCGUAUGGGGGAAUCCUACGCACCUGCUGCCCCGCCCCAGAACUGUCUCAGCCACGCCCAGAGGACACAACUAGCACAGCAAAGAUUUACCAUACUGGACAAGAACAAAGAUGGCAAGUUGAGCCGCAGGGACCUGAGGAAGCUGCGUUACAAGAGGAUGCCACUGGAGCACUGUGCCACACCAUUCUUUCAGUCAUGUGACCGUAACAGGAACAGGAAGGUGACCCUGCAAGAGUGGACAACCUGUCUGGUGGAUCGCUCUGAGGCCUGGUUCUACCAUUUCAUGUCAGUGAGAAUGGGUUCCCGAAAGCUGUGUCCUACAAUCAAAGAGAACGUCCUUUGACAUGAAAAACAGCCAUGAACUCCUGCGUGUCUUUGUACUGUAAAGAACACGCUGAAGACAACAUCACCACAGUUCUCUGAUUUAAAAGCUACAGGAUGACAUCUCCACACACUGCUCACUCAUCUGUUUGACUUUGUAUUGCAGCUUGUAAUUCAGUGAUUUAUCACCUCAUGCUGGGAGUCUGCUGAUUGUCUGUGCAUUUGUCUGCGCUCAAAAGGGACAAAUCAUUGUCUGGCCAGACUGACCGACCAGUAUUGUUAAUUACAUUGGCUGACAUUUUUUACAUUCGUGUUGUAAAAGAGCGGAGGCAACAUUAAGUACCAAAUUACAUGGCAUGCUUUGAAUAACCAAUUAAAAGGGAGGGCGACAGCAGUGCAGACAGACAGCGUGAUGUAUACAGAAUGACAAGCUAGAUGGGAAGUAAAGAUAAAGGGAAAAGAAACGCUUAGUAUGAGAUGACGUGACCGGAGAAGAGACAAAGAGAUAAUAAAGGAGGUGAAGGGGAGAAGUAGAGGAAAGUGUGAUAAUGCACUGGAGGAGGGUGAGGGAGGGAAGGAAGGAAACUGAGUGACUGAAGGAAGGAGAGAGAAGUAGAAAGUGUGUUUGUGAAAGAUGGGAGGAGGUAAUGCACUGUAAAUGGGAGUUGAGAGUAAUGGAGUAAUGCAUAAAAAAUGGAUCAGAAAUGAGGGAAGGACUGAGAACGGAGAGUGGGGGGGGGGGAUGGCUGAGAAAGCGGGAGGAACUGAGGAGAAGAGGAAAUGCAAGAAAAAAGGUUUUGAUGCUGCAAAACAUUUCCUUUACUGGCCGACUCUGUAAAUAGCAUCUUUGAGCAUGAUGCAGAAUAUUUAGAAAACACUUGACCUCUGUCAAGGACAAAAAACUUACAUAAUACAAGCUUUCUGACUUUUUCUAUGUAUGCACCAUCUAUAAUACAUGCUGCUCUAAAAA